AUGGCUUUUGAAAUCCACGAAGCUACAUCGUGCGACGCGAAAGAUCUCGCAGAGGUAUUCUUCUCGGCAUUCUCGGACCCCUUUUGCAGAGCAAUAUUGCCGCCAACACCAGAGGUCCGCGACUGGGUGGCAGUACACCUCGCCAAUGGAAACAACAAGGCGUCAGAACAUGAAGUCUUUCUCAAAUUGUCAGAUGAAUCUGGCGCGGUAGUCGCGUUCGCAAAAUGGGUACGCCCCUACCACGCGGUUGCAGAUCGAGAUCGGCGCAAUGAGGAGGUUCACGCGUGGCCCGUGGGCGGUGAUAAGGCGCUCUGUGAGAGGUUUUUUGGAUCAAUGGCUGAACAACACCGUCGGAUAAUGGGCGAAAAGCCUCAUUAUUUUUUGGACCUUUUGUGUGUGCAUUCUUCGUUUCAAGGGCGUGGACUUGGUUCUAAAUUGUUAAAAUGGGGUUUGGCGAGAGCGGAUGAGGAGAGUGUUGAGGUUUAUCUCUGUAGCUCUCCUGAUGGAAAACCGCUAUAUUUGAAGAAUGGAUUUCAGUCACUAGACAUACCAUCACCGCUCCCUGAGUAUGAACAAACACAUAUGAUUCGACCGGCGGUGCAUUAG